AUGGAAUAUUUGUUGUUCUUUUGGUUUAUCUGUUCAUAUUUUACACGAACAAAUAGUGGAAAUUUUAAUAGCAAUGAAGGAAUAAUUUCGGCAAGGGCUGAACCAAAUUAUCAUUUUCUUGGACGACAAAUACGCGUACGUGAAAAACGUUUAACACGAAAUUAUCAUUCAUCAAUAAAUUCAUUUCCAAAUAUGCUAAUUAAUUCGCUACCAUUAAAUGAACAUAUGAAAAAUGUUAUAACUAACGAACAUAAUCGACUUCGAAAAAUUAUACCAGCAACCGAUAUGCGAUUAAUGUAUUGGUCAGACGAAUUGGAGAUGAGCGCUCAACGACAUGCCAAUAAAUGCGAUUUUCGACAUAGUAAAGAUCGAAUAAAUGUUGGUGAAAAUAUUUGGGCAGCGCCAUAUGCUAAUUAUACGGAAGCAGUAUCACAAUGGUUUAAUGAAGUUUAUGAUUCACGUUGUGAUUGUAAACAUGCUUAUAAACAUUGUUGCGGACAUUAUGUCCAGAUAGUUUGGUCUGAAACAAAUUUAAUUGGUUGCGGAUAUGCAAAAUGUCGUGAUAUUUGGGGUAUACGAAAUCGUGGCCAUCGACAUAUCUUUGUAUGCCAUUACAAUCCUCAAGGAAAUAUUGUUUACGUUACAAGAAAUGGUUUCUUACCUAUGCCAGCAUUUACAUGGGUUGGUGAUAGGCCACGAUGCAGUGAUUGUCCAUCAGAUGCAUCAGCUUGUUCGCAAGGUCUUUGCUUUCCAUCAAUAUUAUCACCGAUAGAAGCUAAUCAUGAUUUGGAUACUAAUAGAGUUGAAUAA